CCCCUCCCCAAUUUACACACAUAGUGCCGCUGCUCGCGCACUGUCCAGCCACUUGGAAAUUCCUCUCAGCGCGGAGGGAAUUCUACUCGUGAGAAGCGGGACUGUCGGCCCAUGUGCAUCUUCCCCGGGCUGCCCUGCUUGAGAUGCCCGUGUAGUGCAGCGGAAGCUGUGACGAUCAGCAGACAUCCAAGGCUGCAACUUUCUUCAGCAAUAAGGUGUAGCUGCGGUCCCCGCCCCCACACCGCCUGCCAACAUGGUGGUGCUGUCGCUGAAAAUCUGCAUUCGCCAGUGCAAUGUUGUGAAGACGAUGCAGUUUGAGCCCUCCACGGCAGUCUAUGACGCCUGUAGGAUCAUCAGAGAGAGGGUCCCCGAGGCGCAGACCGGACAGGCUUCAGACUAUGGGCUGUUUCUGUCUGAUGAAGAUCCCAGAAAAGGCAUCUGGCUGGAGUCUGGAAGGACGUUGGACUACUACAUGCUGCGCAAUGGGGACAUCCUUGAAUACAAGAAGAAGCAGAGGCCCCAGAAAAUCAAAAUGUUGGACGGGGCCGUGAAAACCAUCAUGGUGGACGACUCCAAAACUGUGGGAGAGCUGCUUGUGACCAUAUGCAGUAGAAUAGGCAUCACAAACUACGAGGAAUACUCCCUGAUCCAGGAGACGGUGGAGGAGAAGAAGGAGGACGGGAUGGGUACCCUGAAGAAAGACAGGACGCUACUGAGGGACGAGAGAAAGAUGGAGAAACUGAAAGCCAAACUGCACACUGACGAUGACUUGAACUGGCUGGACCACAGCAGGACGUUCAGAGAGCAGGGGGUGGACGAGAACGAGACCCUCCUGCUCAGACGCAAGUUCUUCUACUCCGACCAGAACGUGGACUCCCGAGACCCCGUCCAACUCAAUCUUCUUUACGUGCAGGCUCGAGAUGACAUCCUGAACGGUUCUCACCCCGUAUCAUUUGACAAGGCGUGUGAAUUUGGAGGCAUUCAGGCCCAGAUCCAGUUUGGACCUCAUGUAGAACAUAAGCACAAACAAGGAUUCUUGGACUUGAAGGAGUUUCUACCUAAAGAAUACAUCAAGCAAAGAGGUGCCGAGAAGAAAAUAUUCCAGGAACACAAAAACUGUGGAGAAAUGACAGAGAUUGAAGCCAAAGUGAAAUAUGUCAAACUGGCACGGUCUCUAAGGACAUAUGGCGUCUCCUUCUUCCUGGUCAAGGAAAAGAUGAAGAGUAAAAACAAGCUGGUGCCGCGGCUGCUGGGCAUCACCAAAGAGUCUGUGCUGCGAGUGGAGGAGAAGACCAAAGAUGUGGUGCAGGAGUGGCCGCUGACCACCGUGAAGAGGUGGGCGGCGUCGCCCAAGAGCUUCACCCUGGACUUUGGGGAGUACCAGGAGAGCUACUACUCGGUACAGACCACUGAAGGGGAACAGAUCUCUCAGCUCAUUGCCGGUUACAUCGACAUCAUCCUCAAAAAGAAGCAAAGCAAGGACCGCUUUGGAUUAGAAGGCGAUGAGGAGUCAACCAUGCUUGAGGAAUCUGUCUCCCCAAAAAAGUCGACCAUCCUUCAGCAGCAGUUUAAUCGCGUGGGCAGGGUGGAGCAUGGCUCGGUGGCACUGCCGGGGGUGAUCCGCUCCGGCUCCAUUGGCACAGAGUCGCUCAGCAUGGGCACCAUGCCGUCUGCUCAGCAGCAGAUCACAAUGGGUCAGAUGCACCGUGGACACAUGCCACCUCUGAGUUCAGCUCAGCAGGCUCUGAUGGGAACCAUCAACACCAGUAUGCAAGCUGUGCAGAAAGCCCAGAUUGACCUUGGAGAGGUCGACAACCUGCCGCCGCUGGGACAAGACAUGGCAUCCAAGGUGUGGAUCCAGAACAAGAUGGAUGAGUCAAAACAUGAGAUCCACUCGCAGGUCGACGCGAUCACUGCAGGAACCGCCUCUGUUGUCAACCUCACUGCCGGUGACCCGACCGACACAGACUACACCGCCGUGGGCUGCGCCAUCACCACCAUCUCCUCCAACCUGACAGAAAUGUCAAAGGGUGUGAAGUUGCUGGCUGCACUGAUGGAGGACGACGUGGGCGGAGGCAAUGACCUGAUGAGGGCAGCCAGGACGCUGGCAGGGGCCGUGUCCGACCUGCUGAAGGCCGUGGAGCCGGCUUCUGGAGAGCCCAGACAGACUGUGCUGACAGCAGCAGGCAACAUCGGCCAGGCCAGCGGAGACCUCCUGCGCCGAAUUGGAGAGAGCGAGGCGGACGAGAGGUUCCAGGAUAUCCUGAUGAAUCUGGCCAAAGCAGUGGCCAACGCGGCAGCCAUGUUGGUGCUGAAGGCCAAGAACGUGGCCCAAGUGGCCGAGGACACCGGGCUUCAGAACCGGGUCAUUGCUGCUGCCACUCAGUGUGCCCUGUCCACCUCCCAGUUGGUGGCAUGUGCCAAGGUGGUGAGUCCGACCAUCAGCUCACCCGUUUGCCAGGAGCAGUUAAUCGAAGCUGGAAAGCUUGUGGAUCGCUCGGUGGAAAGCUGUGUCCAGGCCUGUCUCUCGGCUACAGAAGAUGGCGACCUCCUCAAACAGGUGAGCGCGGCGGCGAACGUGGUGAGUCAGGCUCUGGGAGAUCUCCUGCAGCACGUUCGGCAGUACACCUCGAGGGGGGAGCCCAUCGGGCGCUAUGACCAGGCCACAGACACCAUCAUGACCGUCACCGAGAGCAUCUUCACCUCCAUGGGAGACGCAGGAGAGAUGGUCCGUCAGGCUCGGGUGUUGGCUCAGGCCACCUCGGACCUGGUGAAUGCCAUGAGGUCCGACGCCGAGGCCGAGGUGGACGUCGACAAUUCUAAGAAGUUGCUGGCGGCUGCUAAAUUGCUGGCCGACGCCACAGCGAGGAUGGUGGAGGCGGCGAAGGGCGCAGCGGCGUACCCCGAGAAUGAGGACCAGCAGCAAAGACUGCGGGAGGCUGCAGAGGGACUGCGUGUGGCCACAAAUGCCGCUGCUCAGAAUGCCAUUAAAAAGAAACUAAUUAACAGACUAGAGAAUGCCGCAAAGCAAGCCGCUGCUGCAGCAACACAGACCAUCGCUGCUGCUCAAAACGCCGCUGCCUCCAACAAGAACACUGCUGCUCACCAGCAGCUGGUGCAGAGCUGUAAGGCGGUGGCGGACCACAUCCCACAACUGGUCCAGGGGGUGCGUGGCAGUCAGGCGAAACCAGAGGACCUUAGUGCACAACUAGCACUUAUCAUUGCCAGCCAGAACUUCUUACAGCCUGGUAGUAAGAUGGUGACCUCGUCAAAGUCGUCAGUCCCAACCGUCACGGAUCAGGCUGCAGCCAUGCAACUGGGUCAGUGUGCCAAGAACCUGGCCACCUGCCUGGCUGAGCUGAGGACGUCUGUUCAGAAGGCUCAUGAAGCCUGCGGCCCCAUGGAGAUCGACUCUGCGCUCACUGCCAUCCAGACCCUAAGAAGUGAGCUGCAGGAUGCCAUGCUGGCUGCUAUGAACUCCAAGCUGAAACCCCUACCUGGGGAAUCGUUGGAGAAGUGUGCUCAGGAUCUGGGCAGCACCUCUAAGUCAGUGGGGUCAUCAAUGGCUCAACUGCUCACCUGUGCAGCACAAGGAAAUGAACACUACACAGGAAUAGCAGCCAGGGAGACGUACCAGGCCCUCAGAACGCUGGCCCAGGCGGCCCGCGGCGUCGCCGCCUCCACCACGGACCCCCAGGCUGCCGCCGCCAUGCUGGACUCGGCCCGGGACGUUAUGGAGGGCUCUGCGCUUCUCAUCCACGAGGCCAAGCAGGCCCUGGUUUCCCCCGGCGACGCUGAGAGUCAGCAGAGACUGGCGCAGGUGGCCAAGGCUGUGUCUCAUUCCUUGAACAACUGCGUCAACUGUCUGCCCGGACAGAAGGAUGUCGACAUGGCUCUCAAGAGCAUCGGGGAGACCAGCAAGAAGCUGCUGAUUGAAACUAUCCCUCCGGCUUCCAAGUCAUUUCAGGAGGCCCAGAGCGAGCUGAACCAAACGGCAGCGGACCUGAACCAGUCAGCGGGCGAGGUGGUCCAUGCCUCCAGAGGCUCCAGCAGCCAGCUGGCGGUGGCCUCCGGGAAGUUCAGCGAAGACUUUGAUGAGUUCCUCGACGCUGGUAUAGAGAUGGCCGGGCACACUCAGAAAAAGGACGACCAGGUGCAGGUUAUUGGUAACCUGAAGAACAUCUCCAUGGCUUCCAGCAAGCUGCUGCUGGCAGCUAAAAGUCUGUCCGUCGACCCCGCAGCAGCAAAUGCUAAAAACCUUCUUGCUGCUGCUGCAAGAGCAGUGACUGACAGCAUUAACCAGCUGAUCACACUCUGUACACAACAAGCUCCCGGACAGAACGAGUGUGACAACGCCCUGCGAGAACUGGAGGCUGUCCGAGGAAUGCUGGACAAUCCCAACGAGCCGGUCAGUGACCUGUCGUACUUUGAAUGCAUCGAGAGCGUGAUGGAGAACUCCAAGGUCCUGGGAGAGUCCAUGGCGGGAAUUUCUCAGAACUGUAAGACUGGAGAUGUGCUGUUGUUUGGGGACUGUGUAGGUUCAGCCUCCAAAGCCCUGUGUGGCCUCACUGAAGCUGCAGGACAGGCCUCCUACCUGGUGGGUGUGUCUGAUCCCAACAGUCACGCGGGGCACCAAGGGUUGGUUGACCCCAUCCAGUUCGCCAAAGCCAACCAGGCCAUUCAAAUGGCCUGUCAGAAUCUUGUAGACCCAGGCAGUAGUCCCUCUCAGGUUCUCUCUGCAGCCACCAUUGUCGCCAAGCACACCUCUGCUUUGUGCAACGCCUGCCGUCUGGCCUCCUCCAAGACCACCAACCCGGUUGCCAAGAGGCAUUUUGUUCAGUCUGCCAAGGAAGUGGCUAACAGCACCGCCAACUUGGUCAAGACCAUCAAGGCUUUAGAUGGGGAUUUCUCAGAUGAGAACAGGAAAAAGUGUCAUGUCGCCACUGCUCCGUUGAUCGAGGCUGUUGAAAACCUGACAGCAUUUGCUUCAAACCCAGAGUUUGCCAGUGUUGCAGCUAAUAUCAGCAACGAGGGCUUUGCAGCUCAGGAGCCCAUCCUCCAAUCAGCACGCUCGAUGCUGGACAGCUCCACCUACCUACUCAAGACUGCACGCUCAUUGGUUAUAAACCCUAAGGACCCGCCCACCUGGUCCGUUCUGGCUGGUCACUCUCGCACCGUGUCCGACUCCAUCAAGAGUCUCAUCACAGCCAUCCGGGACAAGGCCCCCGGUCAGCGUGAGUGUGACUCGUCAAUCGAUAACAUUAAUAAAUGUAUCCGGGACAUUGAGCAGGCCUCUCUGGCAGCAGUCAGCCAGAACUUAGCCAGCAGGGACGACAUCUCACUGGAGGCGCUACAAGAACAACUGACGUCUACUGUGCAGGAAAUUGGCCACUUAAUUGACCCCGUUUCCACCGCUGCUAGAGGCGAAGCUUCCCAACUAGGACACAAGGUCACCCAGCUGGCCCGUUACUUUGAACCCCUCAUCAUGGCGUCUGUGGGUGUGACGUCCAAGCUGAGGGACCACCAGCAACAGAUGACUUUCCUGGACCAAACGAAGACCCUGGCUGAGUCUGCCCUGCAGAUGCUCUAUGCUGCCAAGGAGGGUGGAGGAAACCCAAAGGCGUCACACACCCAUGAUGCCAUAGCGGAGGCAGCCCAGCUCAUGAAGGAGGCGGUUGAUGACAUCAUGGUGACACUGAAUGACGCGGCCAGUGAAGUGGGCAUGGUGGGAGGAAUGGUGGAGUCCAUCGCAGAGGCCAUGGCCAGGCUGGAUGAAGGCACACCACCUGAACCUGAGGGCUCAUUUGUCGAUUACCAGACCAGUAUGGUGAAACACUCGAAGGCUAUUGCUGUCAGCGCUCAGGAAAUGAUGACCAAAUCAGUGACCUGUCCAGACGAGCUGGGAGGCCUGGCCUCUCAGGUGACCGUGGACUACGGCCAGCUGGCCGUUCAGGGGCGACUGGCUGCGCACACAGCUGAGCCAGAGGAGAUUGGUUUCCAGAUCAAGAAUCGGGUGCAGGAGCUCGGCCACGGCUGCAUCUUCCUCGUCCAGAAGGCUGGAGCUGUGCAGAUCACUCCGUCUGACGGCUUCACCAAACGAGAGCUCAUUGAAUGUGCCCGUGCAGUUACAGAAAAGGUGUCCUUGGUGCUCUCGGCCCUGCAGGCAGGCAACAAGGGCACUCAGGCCUGCAUCACGGCCGCCAGCGCGGUGUCCGGCAUCAUCGCUGACCUGGACACCACCAUCAUGUUCGCCUCCGCCGGCACACUCAACGCAGAGAAUGACGAGUCCUUCGCUGAUCACAGGGAAAACAUUUUGAAGACGGCCAAAGCUCUGGUGGAGGACACAAAGAUGCUGGUGUCCGGCGCGGCGUCCGGCCAGGAGCGCUUGGCUCAGGCCGCCCAGUCUUCUGCCAAAACCAUUACGCAGCUCACAGAUGUGGUCAAACUGGGCGCCGCCAGUAUUGGCGCUGAUGACCCCGAGACGCAGGUGGUUCUCAUAAAUGCUAUCAAAGAUGUGGCGAAGGCGCUGUCUGAGCUCAUUAGUGCCACCAAGUGUGCCGCUGGCAAGGCAGCAGAUGAUCCAUCCAUGUACCAGCUUAAGAGCGCUGCCAAGGUGAUGGUGACCAACGUGACGUCCCUGCUGAAGACCGUCAAGGCUGUCGAGGACGAGGCCACUCGGGGCACCAGGGCACUGGAGGCCACAAUCGAGUGCAUCAGACAAGAGUUGGUGGUGUUUCAAUCCAGGGAUGCUCCCAACAAGACGACCACACCGGAGGAGUUCAUUCGCAUGACUAAGGGCAUCACCAUGGCAACCGCUAAAGCAGUGGCUGCGGGGAACUCUGCCCGACAGGAGGACAUCAUCCACACUGCAAACCUCAGCCGCAAGGCCAUUUCAGACAUGCUCACGACCUGCAAGCAAGCGGCUUACCACCCGGAGGUCAGUGAGGAGGUGAAGAGCAGGGCACUGAUGUUCGGGUCCGAGUGUACAACCGGAUACAUCGAUCUACUGGAACAAGUGCUGUUUGUUCUGCAGAGGCCGAUUGGCGAUCAGAAGCAGCAGUUGGCCGCUUGCUCCAAACGAGUCGCAGGAGCCGUCACAGAGCUCAUCCAGACUGCAGAGGCCAUGAAAGGUUCAGAGUGGGUGGACCCCGAGGAUCCAACAGUGAUCGCAGAGACGGAGCUGCUCGGAGCGGCCGCAUCCAUUGAAGCAGCAGCAAAGAAGCUGGAGCAGCUCAAACCCCGAGCCAAGCCCAAGCAAGCCGACGAGACUCUGAACUUUGAGGAGCAGAUCCUGGAGGCCGCAAAGUCCAUCGCCGCAGCCACCAGUGCUCUGGUGAAAUCGGCCUCGGCCGCCCAGAGAGAGCUGGUGGCUCAGGGCAAAGUGGGCCUCAUCCCUGCCAACGCUGUGGAUGACGGGCAGUGGUCCCAGGGGCUCAUCUCCGCAGCGCGAAUGGUGGCCGCGGCGACCAGCAACCUGUGUGAGGCAGCCAACGCCUCCGUGCAGGGCCAAGCCAGCGAGGAGAAGCUCAUCUCCUCCGCCAAGCAGGUGGCUGCCUCCACCGCCCAGCUGCUGGUGGCCUGCAAGGUGAAGGCCGACCAGGACUCCGAGGCCAUGAGAAGACUGCAGAUUGCCGGGAAUGCCGUAAAGAAGGCCUCCGACAAUUUGGUGCGGGCCGCUCAGAAGGCUGCGUUCGACAAAGCGGACGAAGCCAACGUGGUGGUCAAGACAAAGUUUGUGGGUGGAAUAGCACAGAUCAUUGCAGCCCAGGAGGAGAUGCUGAGAAAGGAGAGGGAGCUGGAAGAAGCUAGGAAGAAACUGGCUCAAAUCAGGCAGCAGCAGUACAAGUUCCUGCCCAGCGAACUGCGAGAGGACGACAACUAAACCUUCACACUCGCAUCUCGACGCGCUCUAAGCCGCCCGAAGGGCACGUCUCUGUUUGUGUUACGAGUUGUGUACCCUUUUGUAACAACGUGCUUCAGCAGGAAUGUGGCCUACAGCAACUUCAGAUGUUACCGAUUCAGCAAACCAGUGGUGCCCACGUCUGUAGUGAGGCCGCAUCACACGGAAAGAUCUCAAAGGCAACUCCUCCCAAGUUUGAAUUACUACUGUAUGGAACUGACUACUUUCUGAAAACUAACUGUAAAAAACAAAACAAAAAACGACUGAAGACCUGCUUGUCGUCCUUUAGAGCAGAACCGCUUUGACUGAACCAGAAUGUGACAUGCUGUGGACAUGCUCUCACGUUUGCCCUUAAGCAACAGUUGCAGCUCUGAAUCAUAAACUUCUGAGUGAAAAGAUUGUAUUGCCGUUCAUGUUUGACUGCAACCUCACGCAGAGAGCAAGCGAUAUCAGCUCGGCACUCGGAUGUGGUUUGAACGUUGGCCUUUAUUCUCCAAUUUUGGCAUUUUAAUAUCUGUUUCACUCAUGUGACGUGUCUCGACUUAAACACAGUGAUCAUUAACCCUAUAUGGAAGCGAAGAUGCCUAUUGGUGUUUCUUAGCUUAUAGUGUAAAUUUCAAUAAGUGGUUUUUGGGGAAUCUGCCUUUUAAAGUAGAUCGUGAAGUGAGCGUCUUUGCUUUCAUUUCUUAAUGCGAAUAUUGAUGGAAUCUACACGCAAAAUGUCUUUCUGAGGUGCAACAAAUUCUACAUGUUUGUCUAGGCUCUUGUCAUCGUGUGCUGCCGCUCAGACUCAAGUAGAACGUUUUACAUUACAAUGUGAAUGCUUUUCUACACAGGACCACAUGUUGGCUUUGAAGGAACGUGUAUUACUCCUUAGUUGUUGUUUAAGCCAAGAGGGGUCAGAAAUGGUCUCACUUAAUUGCCACCACGAGCAGAGCCUGUGGUCUGAUAUCUUUCCCCAAUCCUUUUUAGAGCUUUUGGGUAUAAACUGAAUGGGAUUAUCAUGCAAUAAGAUGGAUAGUGCCCUAGAGGGCAGUGUUGGUUUCCCCCUACACCAUGCAAUCUUAAAGUAAUAAUAUAGGAGAUAUUGUAAAAUUGAGUGCUUUUUUUAUUUUAAAGUAUAGAAUAUGUGGUUGGGUUAACCAGGCUGGUUUAUUGGCUGCAACAUAUAGAUUAUAAUAUACAAACUGAGAAUGCCUGUAAAUACCUCAGACAUCUUGAAUCAAAGGAAUGCCGUGCAGUGCCACUUCUGUGCUUUAUGGUCACUAUUCCCUGCAGAUUUACUUUGGCCCUUCACCUGUAAAUUUGGAAAGCAGCAAAUUUCAAAAUCAAAUUCAUUAGUUAGAAUUGAUGUUAAAGUAGGCUGAUUGAAAGAAGUGACUGCAACACUAAUCACUGCAGUUCAUCUCCUUUUUUGUUGAGUCUUUGAACUGCAGGAUGCUUUGUGUGACUAUACUGAAUAUGCCACUUGCUGCAAUAGAAGGAACCUUUUUGUUUACCGGGUUUGUGGUGGUUUGUUCCCUCGUCUUACUUUUUUUUUCUAUAUUAAGCUUCAGUAAAAGGUAAGAUUAGGUCCUGCUAUGAAAACGCAUGGCUUUGUGCUUCAGAUGAAUCUUUGUUUUUACAGUGACAAAGUUUACCUUUUUAAGGAUGCACUGAGUAUUCUGACCUCCACCUUCAGGCAGUAUACCAUAGCUAAUGGUGCAAGACAGACCCUCACACUAAAGGUUGGGGGGUUUUUUUAACAAUGGGGUAUGAAUUUGGAGGCGUUCUAUGUCAUCAAAUUUUGUGUGUGUGUGUGUGUUGGGGGGGUCCAUUACUCAUCAGUCAAGUCUGUAGAGUUAUUAUUAGUGCCUUAGUGCGUAGCCCAUACAAUGUUUGGUCAGUUUGAGUGACAGCUUCACCUCGUGGGUCCGUAGAAAGUGAUGCACAAGCAAUUGUUUGGGAAUGUGGGUUCCAACUGCAAUUCCUCUAUUUUUCCCUUUUACACUCUGCCACAGUCUGUAAGGCCUUUUGGGAAGGACAGAGGAACUGUCCACCAGUCAACAAAAUGUGUUGCUGUGGAUGUACCAUAGAUAUUUAUAUAUAUCGACACUUUUUUGUACUGCAUUCCAUGGGCAUGUACCACAGUGCUUCUGAACUACGACGGACUGGAGAUCUUAGUCCGUAAACUGCUUUAUUGUAUGUAAGGAAGUCACUCAAAUUGGCUUAUCUCCUUGUGCUUUGAAGCCUCGAUGAAAUGUGAAAGAACAUGUCUGUAUACAUCUGUCACCAUUAAGGUGUCGUGGUGCAUUUCAAUGAUGUUAAGUAAAUGAAGUGUCCUAUACGUUUUCCCCCUCUGAACAGAAUCAAAUUAAGAAGUUACUACAAUAAAGAUGAGUGGUAAUAUACAAUAUAUUAGAUAUAUUUAUCCGGCCUCAAUAAAACUAUUUUUUGUAUUCACUGAAAAUAAAGCAUUUCAAUGUAACUUUGUAUCAAGUUUCUUUUUUGUGUAGCAAAGAAAGAAAUUUACAUGCAUUUGAA